AGUCUUGCAGUUUUCUGCCCAAAUGUUGACCUUUCUUCUUCUUCUUCUUCUUCUUGCCUCGCCUAGCAUUCUUUUGAUGGAAAUACAUGAACUAAUACUAAUGCAUACCAUCUAUCUAUCUAUCUAUCUAUCUAUCUAUCUAUCUAUCUAUCUAUCUAUCUAUCUAUCUAUCUAUCUAUCUAUCUAUCUAUCUAUCUAUCUAUCUAUCUAUCUAUCUAUCUAAAGGUUCAAAGGUGGAGGAGCACAGAAUUAAAACUUGUCUGCAGUGGUUAUUGUCAAACAAUUCACAAUAUUUAUUGUGCGUAUCAUGCGUUAAAAUCGUUUCCAAACCACCAUCGUUUUCAAAGAAAACCCACGAAGGCACGGGGGAACAUUGAAACUGCACGCACGCACGCACGCACGCACGCACACACACACACACACACCACACACACACACACUAUAUAUUAUAUCGCAGCACGCUUCUGUUAUACCCGUGCCGUGCCUAUGUGGGUUUUCUCCUGCCACUCCGGUUUCCUCCCACAUCCCCAAAACAAGCAACAACUCUAAAUUGCCCCUCGGUGUGAUCGGGAGUGUGACUGUCUCCAUGUGCCCUGCGUUUGGCUGGCGACCAGUUUAGGGUGUACCCGGCCUCCUGUCCGAUGAUAGCUGGGAUUGGCUCCAGCUCUCCCGCGUGGGCACUAUUUAAAGGCAAGUAUCGGGAGGGGGUGGACAAGCCUGACCCGCCGACCUGGAAGACACGUCUUCGCUGUGCUCUCAACAAGAGCAACGACUUUGAGGAAUUAGUGGAGCGCAGCCAACUGGACAUCUCAGACCCUUACAAAGUCUACCACAUCAUCCCCGAGGGUGCCAAAAAAAGGCCCAGAGAAGAGGACGGUUCUGCGAGUCCCAUGAGCUAUUCUAUGAAUUCAGCUUAUCCUACCCUCCAAACGCAGAUGCCACAGUACCUUCCCACUGCAGAAUGUGGCUGGAGAGACUUCAGUCAGGAGCAUGCGUCUUUCCCAGAGCUUUCCUUCACUCAGUACCCAUGUUCCCCCCGCAGCCUGCCGUGGCAGAACCCAUCCGUGGAUAACGGAUACCAACUUAGAGCCUCGAUUUACUCUUAUGGUCCUGCUGACACUCAGCCCUCACCUUUUAGUCUUGACGCCAGCAUCCGAUCAGCAGAGGCACUCCGAGAUGCACGCCUAAAUAUCACAGUAUAUUUACGGGACAUGCUGGUGAGGGAGGUGACUACCUUCAGCCCAGAAGGGUGCCACAUCACUCCAGCUUCUUCAGAGGAUAAGCACUACUUGUCCACAGGUGGCCGCGAUGUGGUACUGCUUCCUGUGGACACCCUCUCACCUCACAAUAGAGCAGAGGAGCGUCCCACCAGCCCCUUCGCCUCCUUCGAAAGAGGUGUGCUGUGCUGGAUGGCGCCAGACGGACUCUACGCUCAGCGGCUGUGUGAGGGCAGAGUUUACUGGCAGACCGGACUGAGCCCAUAUGGUGACAAGCCUAAAAAGCUCGAGAGAGAGCUCGCCUGUAAACUAUUACACACACAGGAUUAUCUCACAGAAAUGCAGAGUUAUGGGCUCCAUGGUCGACCACUGACCACCCACUUCCAGGUUCUUCUGAGUUUUGGAGAUGCGUGUCUUGAUCCCCAACGAGCAACCCUCAGUGUCCAGGUGGAGCCCCUGUUCGCCAGGCAGCUCUUGUACAACACCCAGCAGACAGGCGGCCAUUUCUACCGCAGCUACGAGCAUGCAGGACUCACGCAACAUAUUAGCCUCUCGGAGGACUAUCACAAGGCCCUUGCACAGCACCACAGCCUGCAAGAGUGACCCAAGCAGUUUUGUGAGCCACCCAACAAAGCAAACUCAUAAGAUGAGUUUGAUUCUCAGGAGGCACAUUUUUUUUCUACACUGCAAACGCAUAAAUGGAUAUCUGGAACUCUCAAACUGACAGUGUAUGUAUUGUAAUGUCUUUAAAUUGAGGAAUAACGUUGGGCGGAAAUUCUGCCUUGAGUCAGACAGUGAACAUUAUUUAUCCAUUGUUUGAAUUUUACAAAAAAAAAAUUUUUAGGAUGUUAAACCUUUGUGAAUUACAAAGCUAAUCCAAAGGAAAGUCCCAUCAUUUUGAAAACUCUUUACUUUGGGUUCAACUGUCAGUGCAAGCGCUCCUUUGUGGAAUGCUCCUUGUGCUGUGCAUGGCUUUUCAUUAUCUACACCAUCCCAGUGGCCAAAGCACUUUACCAAGCCUAACUUUCAUCCACAUUCACACACCAAUGGGCAACUAUGAACACGCAAAGCACUCCCAGGCCUACUAGUAGCAAAUGAGGGUUCAGUGUCUCGCCCAAGGACAGUUUGACAUUCACUUUGGUCAUGAGACAAUCUGCUCUCCCGACUGAACCACAGGUGCCCACUCUUGGGGGACUCCGGUUGCAUGCUAGGUUAAUGGAAGAUUCUUAAAUAACACAAGUGCCACCCCCACCGCAAUGAGGACAAGAACUGAAUGAUGUUUGAAUUAAUUUUAGAAACAUAACAUGCACCAAGCCUACCCACUUUUGCCAAGUUUUACUUUACUUGAACUAAACAUACCACUUGUCCUCCUUUAAAAUGUAAAGUCACAAUGUAUUCAUGAUUUCUCUUCGAAACCAAGAUAUACAUACUGACACUGAACAGUGUACUUGUUGGACCCAGAUUAGUCCAUCCAUCCAUUUUCUGUACUGCUUUUCCUCGCUAGGGUCACAGCGAUGCUGAAGCCUAUCUCAGCUUUCUUCAGGCAAGAGCCAGGCUACACCCUGAACUGGUCGCCAGCCAAUCCCGGGGAACAUACAAACAAGCAACCAUUCACACUCACAUUCACACCUAUGAGUAAUUUAGAGUCUUCAAUCAAGGUGACAUUCAUGUCUUUGGAGUGUGGGUGGAAACUGGAGUACCUGGAGAAAAUCCAUGCAGGCACUGGAAGAACAUGCAAAUUCCAUACAGGUGAGACCAGAUUUGAACCCGUUUUUUCAGAACUAACUAGUUGGCUACUGUGCCGCCCUGAAUUAGUCCAUCCACCUAUCCAUCCAUUUUCUUACCCACUUACUCACCUGGGUCACGGGAGUGCUAGAGCCUAUCCCAGCUAUUAUCCGGCAGGAGGUUGGGUACAUCUUGAACUGGUUGCUUUUUGGACUGUGGGAAGAAACUCGAGUGCCCGGAGAAAACCCGUAGAGGGACGGGGAGAACACGCAAACUCCACACAGGUGGGGCCGGGAUUUGAACUGUGGUCCUCAGAACUGUGAGGCCAGCGAUGUAACAAGUCGCCCCACUGUGCUGCCCAAUAAAAGCAAGCAAUAAAAGAAGAAAUAGAAAGUUGGGUUUUUGUGAAUACAGUUAAAUAAAAAGAGAUGCAUCUGAUGUGAUGUCUUGCUUAAUCAUAAAAAUCAGACUUAUUGAAAGUAAGAUUAAUUUCAUGAUCAUGCAUAACUGACAUUUGACAAGAAACCUGAGACCAAUCCGUAUUUGAUUACUAUUAACUAUAAUAAUAAAAUUCCAAACAACAAAGUGUCACAAGAAGGUUUGAUAUUACCAGUUCCAAAAAGUUCCAACAAGUCUUUUGAACAGAGGAAACAAAAACUGACCAUGUUGCAAAGUUAUAUCAGCUCUAUUUAGAGAUGAAAGGUGAAUAACUGGAUUGAAAUUGAACGCAUGGAAACGGCAGAAACAGUGUGAAGAAAGCACUCUUCAAACUCAAAACAGCUGGAGGUGCAGAUAGUUCGAGAAAUCGUAUGAAUGAAAAUGAAAAUGCCAGAUUUGCAUGAGUCUAUUUUGAGUCAUUAAUUCAUACGUUUUGACAGCUUUUAAGUUUGAUCAAUGUCCUUUUCAUCUUAAUAUAAUUUUGUCCACUUUAUCAGAAUUUCCUUAAAAAAUAUGCGAAUGGCUACACACGUUAAUCAUGAAGCAAUGCAUUCAUUUGAAAUUUCCCAUAUGGAUUUAGACAAAGCGCCAACAACAACAGCCCACCCAGUCUCACUAAAAAUCCAACACUUACUACUACUACUGCAUAUAACAAAGGGGGAAUGCUUUGGCAUCAAGAAAACGUUUUUAUGUAGCUGUACACAUUUUGCGAUUUAUUAUUUUUCAUAGGACAGGCUAACAGGAUUCUCGCCUUAUCUGCAACCAAACCUGGCAGAGCGAUGAGAACUUGUUUUCUGAAUGAAUCUGUGGGGUGCCAGGGCGUGAAGAGUAAAUUACAGACAAAGUAAUAAAAGCUAUACACAGUAUAAAUGUAGAUGGCAUUCAAAUUAUACCAAAGGAUUGGACCUGGAUUGUGAUUGCUUAAUCAGUUGGCCCAAACUGCAGAAUAUCUGCCUCACCAUUGAAGCAAAAAAAAAAAAAAAAGUUUUUUCCUUUGUGUAACUGUCCUGGUGGACCACACCCCAGUGCACACAGUGUUGUGUACGUGCGACAAAGACACGACAGACGGCUUGAAGGAAGUGGAGGGCACAGAUGAAACAGCAUCCACUUUUUGAAUCAAACCGAGCAAACGUGCACACCGACUGUAAAAAAGUGUCUGCACUCUUCUCUAAUGUGGGCAUGUAGGAAAUAAAUAUUUUUCACACAUUGUUAGUGGCUGUACAAUGUCAGACCUGUCUUGAAAUUAUGGGAAGAAAUUUGUUUUUCUUUUGGGUAAUUUAAAAAAAACUACACUUACAAAGAAGUAAAAUACUAGAAACGUUUAUUUGGAGUUGCUGGAAACGAUUCAAUUUUGUUUUUCUUAUCAUUAUUUCUUUUCUCAUUAAUGAACACAGCAUCCCAUAUCAUCAGGAAAAAAUAAUUUACAUUUUUGCAGGUUUUUCUUCCAGGAUGUGUACAUGUGUGUCAGAGGAAUGGGUGUGAAUAGUUGUGGUUGUGUCAUAUUUGUUUUUUUUCAAUCUGCAAAAAAAAUAAAUAAAAAAAAUCAGCAAUUCUGUUUUUUUUCCCCAUACGAUACGGAGCUGGACCCAAAUGCAGGACUCCAAGACGAGGACAUGAUGUUAGGCAUAGUUUUAUUCAAGCUUAGAUGGCACAGAAACACUGUGACGAGGAUAGCUCAACACUACUGUUGACAGGUGAUCUCAUACGUCACUGCACUGUUCUGUGUAAAUGUGUGUGUCAAUAAUCUUCCUCUUUAGGAUUCCAUAGUAACUGAAGUAAGCAGCGUGUUUCUUCCUCCAUUCAAAAUAAUGAAAGUUAUUCCAUGACGGAUGGCUGCGCCAACAUGUUAUGGGCCCAGGCGAGAUGUCGAGAGAAACUAUGAGCUGUGAGAGACGAAACUGUUAGCUCACAUGCUGCUGCUGGGGCUAAAACAAACUAUUCUCACGGAACCCGCCGCGGGCAACGUGGAGGAGAAUACUCUGAAGAACGAGGAGGCUUAUGCCGAAAUGAUUGAGUUUAUCCCUUAUUAUUAGAGAGGCAACUGACGACGGGAGAAAAGCCCUAAAGAUAUUAAGGGACCAUUGCGCCAGUAAGGGAAAGCGCCGUAUUAUAAGCCUGCACACUGAGUUAACAUCCCUGCAGAAACAUGCGUGAAAGUGUCAUGGACUAUAUUAUUCGGGCUGAGACGGCAAUAACAGCACUAAGAAAUGCUAACGAAAUACUCAGUGAUGGACUUUUAAUUGCCAUGGUGUUGAAAGGACUACCUGAGGCUUAUAAGCCAUUUUCCAUCCAUGUCACUCAAGGAGAUGAUAAUUUAACUUUUGCCGACUUCAAGACAAAAGUAAGAUCUUUUGAGGACACAGAAAAGUUUCGCACUGGUUCUGAGGACAACAUCAUGAAAGUGACUGUACCUGUCUCUGAUUGGAGAGGCAGAGAAAGAAACAUGUCAAGAUAUUAUAUGUUACAUGUGGCGAAAAGGGACAUAAGUGUGUCCAAAUGAACGGCAGAGAAGACGGACACAGUAGUGUGGAUAUUGUAAAAGUUCGACACACAAAGAUGCAUCCUGUCGACGCAAAAAGAGGGACAAUGCGAAACAAGCAGCAGAUGACAAAUGUGAGGAGCAGUUAUACCUAUUCAAAGUGAGUGAAUCUCAACUUGUUGGCCUGAAGCACAGGGGAUUCAUGGUCGACACUGGAUCAACUUUGCAUAUGAAGAGUUUGUUUUCAAAACGAGACAUAAGCAUUUUUUUCAGAUUUACGAAACUCGCGCCAAAAUUAUCCAGCUCCGAAUGGAUAAUUCUCAAACUCUUCAUAUAAUAACGGAGAUAGAGAAGUUCUGAAGGUUUAAUGACUCAUUCCAACGCAAAGAUCACACAGUUAAACUGGCCGAUGGCACAAGAAGAAAUGGUGUGGUGCUGAAGAGAGGCAAUGCCAAGGUGACUCUGGUGGAUCGUGACGGGAAGAGAAUCGAAGCUAUGCUGAAGAAGGCACUCAACAUUCCUACGUAUCCACAGGUCAUCUUCUCCGUAAAGGUGGCGACGACCAAUGGAGCUUCGGUCAACUUCAGGGAAGUUCGCAGUGAACUCAUUCACCAAAGUGGGAUCAGGUUUGACAUUAAAGAGUACAACAGACUAUUAUUUGAAGACUAUAAAUGAUAAAUGAUGUGACUGAUGACAGUUGUGACGAUAUUCAGGAAUGGCACAGAAUCCUGCGACACUGUAAUUAUCAAGAUGUUUGUAAACUCCAAGAUGUUGUAGAGGGGAUGCAGAUUAAGGGAAAAGUGGAUAAAUCCAAAUUGGGUUGUGAGAUCUGCACACAAGAAAAAUGUGUUCAAACCAGGAAUAGGGAGCCAGAUACACGUGCAAAAUCAUCACUUGAGCUAGUCCAUACCAAUCUAGCUGGCCCUGUUGAUCCAGUUGCUAAAGAUGGAUUCAGAUACACGCUAGCAUUUACUGACGACUAUUCAAGUAUUAUACUUGUGUAUUUUCUGAAAGCCAAAAGUGACACUGUAAUAGCGACAGAAAGAUUUUUCGCUGAUAUUGCUCCUUAUGGAAGGGUGAAGUGUCUUAGAACAGACAACGGCACAGAAUUCACAGGAAAAGAGUUCCAAACUUUGCUUAACAAAAACAACACAAGACAAGUCCUCCGCACCAUAUUCGCCUCAUCAAAAUGGCACGGUGGAGAGAAACUGGCGAACCUUAUUUGACAUGGCAAGGUGCAUGCUCAUAGAAAGCAACCUACCAAAAGAGUUAUAGACAUUCGCUGUAAUGACAGCUGCAGUAAUACGCAACAGGUGUUUCAAUGAUGGGAUUAAACAACCCCUUUUCUUUAUGUUAAUUGGAAAGAAAGCUAACCUUUCCAGGAUGAGAAUAUUUAGCUCGACAUGCAUUGCAUACAGACAUGACAAAAAGAAAUUAGACUCGCAAUGUGAUAAAGGAAUUUUUGUGGGAUAUGACAAAAAUAGUCCAUCAUAUGUAGUCUAUUACCCAGACACAAAGAAGGUCAUGAAGCAUAGACUGGUCAAGUUUGUUACAAAGAAUGUUGUUGAACAUGAAACCCAGACUGAUCAGACAAUAACUUGUGAUGAUGAUGUUGAUAUAAGGAGAGAUGAGUCUUCCAUGUCAAGUACGGAUAUGACAGACCAGAAUGAAAAAGACAAGAGAAAUUUCUCAGACAAAAACAUCUGAUGACCAACAUAUUCAGAUUCAAGGAGGAGGUUGUGAGUCUCGAUACCCUAAAAGAGAUGGGAAACCACCGUUGUACCUCUCUAAUUAUUAUCUGAAAUAAGUGACCAAAUAUUGACAGAUAAUAUAGACUAUUGUUACAGAAUGUACCCCAAACUUUCAAAGAAGCUAUUAGUUCACCCAACUCAGACACUUGGACUAAAAGUAUGAGAGAGGAGACGGAUUCUCUUAAAGAGAAUGAUACAUUCACAUUGACUCGUCUACCAGAAGGUAAACAUACAGUUGGGAGUUGGUGGGUCUAUUCCCUCAAAACUAAUGCAGAUGAGACAAAGACCUACAAAGCAAGAUAUGUUGCUAAAGGUUAUAACCAAGUUAUGGGAGUAGAUUACAAGGAAACAUUCUCUCCAAGUGCAAAUCUGACUUUGAUUCGUGCUUUGAUGCAAGUGGCAGCAGAACAUGAUCUUAACAUACAUCAGAUGGACGUUAAGACAGCAUAUCUACAUGCUCUUAUUGACUGUGAACUGUAUAUUGAACAACCAGAAGGUUUUGAGCAAGACUCAGACAAUGGUGAAAAUGUAUGUAAGCAUAUAAGUUGUAUAAAAAAUAAGUCGAACAGUCUGUAUAGCACGAGAUCGGGUGUUGAAAGGCUCACAAGUCACUGUACUGUUCUGUGUGCCAAUAAAGUUCUUCCUCUUUCUGGUUCCAUGGUAACUGAAGUGAGCGAGUUUCUUCCUCCGUUCAAAAGAUAAAAUAACGAAAGUUAUUUUACGCGGGAUGGCUGCGCCAACAACUACACUAUUUUGAGUGGUGGGGAUCCCUACUGUAAGUGAAUGCAACUCACAAACUCAGGGCACAACGAACUGGCCAGUGACAAAAACUCCAACUCAAAUACACAAUCGAAUUACCGUCCCAAUGUGAAACAACCGUGACUGGUGACAGGUGUCACCGCUCAGAGCAGUGGCCAUCCAAAGGGAGGCAUCCGACUGGGCACGUCAGGAGGUCGGCCCAAGCACCAGGGUCCCCACGGGGCGAUUCAGGUGGACGUCCUCAAGGAGGAACCCAAAGGUGAAGCAGGAACCAGACAGGAGCAGGCGAUGUCCCCGGACGAAGACCUCCCAGGACGUGGUCAAGCGGCUGGGAUCAGUCGCCGCCAAGGCUUGGUCGGGAGGCGGCCGUGGGUCGGUCACCACCGAGGCUAGGUCGUGAGGCGGCCAGGGACAGGUCGCCGGCGAGGCUUGGUCGUGAAGCGCCCAGGCGCCACCGAGGCUUGGUCUUGAGGCGGCCGGGGAUCAGUCGUCGCCAAUGCAAGGUCGGGGGGUGGCCAGGGAUCAGUUGCUAACCAGGCUAGGUCGGGGGGUGCCCAAGGAUCGCACUAACAGAGUUAAGCAAUAUGCAUUUGCUAAGCAGAAACACUACGGUGGUGGGGACAAAAUGUCAGACGAGUCGUAAAGUCGAAAUGUCGCAGGUCGAGGACGUUGUAACCUGAGGACUCCCCGUGUCCUCACACACACUCCUCACGCACACACACACACACACACACACACAGUUACUUUUUUUUUUUUUGGGAUAUCUAUCACACACAAAGGUUCCAAGUGAUCCAAUCCACCCAUUUUCAACACCACUUAUCCUGGUUAGGGUCACAAUGGGACUGGAGGCUAUCUCAGCUGACUUUGGGUGAAAGGCAGACUACACUUUGGACAGUCAGUCACAGGGAACAUAUAGACGGGAUCACUGAGUGGGAACUGAACCCACGCUGCCUGCACAGAGUCAAAGUCACUGCAUUACCAGUGACUUUGACCGACCAGUUCCAAAGGGCAGGGUAAGGGUACUGGACCUUUACCCCCCUACCCAGCAUGACUCAUCACUCCCCCUACCCCCUCCGGAUAGCAAGGGGACCCUCAACUAUCAACAGGACCCAACGCAAGAGCCAGGUUCUAUUCUGAUCACAAGGCAAUGAUGACCUGCAACGUCAUCCCCACCUAGACCAACCAGCUAUGUGGUACAUUAAAAAUCCACGGGGGAAAGGCAUAGAGCAGGCCGGAGUGCCGGUACGCCUGGCUGUGUGUCCUCCCUAGCCUGAUAACCCCCCCCACAGGUGUAUGAGCCAUUAAAACUGGAGGGGAAAAAAAUCAUUUAUUGACACAGAUUUACCUAUAUAAAAUGUCUUACUGUAGAUCUGUAAGUUCAUCCCAUCAAAAUGGAAGUUAAAGUUGAGAUGUUACAUUUACACAUUUUUGUUCAGUGUACUUCUAAUGCACAUACUGUAAAUACUGUAGUGGCACUCUGGCUGGUUUAAGACUUUUUUUUUUUUUUUUUUUUUUUUUUGAAACUCUAAAUUUGUAAGGAUUUCUAUGCCCUGUGGUUGAAAACAGUUUAUAUUUCUCAGUUUUGUUUCUUGUUUCUCAAAUAUUGGACUCAGGCACACAUUAUACAGACAUAAGCAGUUAUGUCAUAGCAUUAUCAGAAUCUCACAGAACAUUCUAAUGGCCCAAUAAAGAUUGCCGCAUUAUUUGAUGUGGGCCACAAAAGCCUGAAAAUACUCCGCCGCACCAGAUGCAAUAAAAUAUGCAAGUCGCAUUGGUUAUUGGUUAAAUCCAAACAUUUAUAUCAGUUAGACCUCCGAGUUAAUUUGUUCAAAUUUCUCAUUAAAUGUAGUGGCAUGUUAAAAGAUGAUGGGUAAAUUAUAU